AUGCCCGUCCAAAUCCACCUCGUCCGCCACGCCCAGGGCUUCCACAACCUCUCGCUCGAGAACGAGGCAAUGCGAGACCCCCUCCUUACGGACCUGGGCAAGCAGCAGUGCGCCGCCCUCCGCGCCGCCUUCCCCUACCACGCCCGCCUCACCCACCUCGUCGCCAGCCCCCUCCGCCGGACGCUGCACACCUGCCUCCUGGGCUUCGCCUCCGACGCCGCCGCCCCCGUCGGCAGGCCCCUCAAGGUCCUCGCCCUGCCCGAGGUGCAGGAGGUCUCUGACGCGCCGUGCGACACGGGGUCCGCGGUCGCCGACAUCGAGGACGAGUUCGCCGGCCGCGUUGACUUCAGCAGGGUCCCCGAGGACUGGACCGACAAGACGGGCCCCGCCUCCCGGUGGGAACCGACGCUGGAGAAGCUAGAGAAGCGGUCGGCCGAUGCGAGGCGGGCGCUCAGGGAGCUGGUGGGGGAUGUGCAGGGCGACGACCACGUCGUGGUUGUCACGCACGGCGGCAUCCUGCAUUUUUUGACCGACGAUUGGUCCGGCAUUGGUGCCAAGAAAGCAACUGGCUGGGAAAACACCGAGUACAGAUCGUACGAAUUCGCGGAUCCCACGGGCCAGGACCCCAAAGCGUCCCUGAAGGAAACGCAGGAGAGCUGGGAGCGUCGCCAGGGCGAAAACACUCGUCCGACGCCGGAGCAACAGGCCGAGUUGAGGGAGACCUUCUACCGCGAGAUGGAGCCCUACCUCAAGUACAGUCCCGAGCGUGGCUGGAUGCAGUGA